UCUAUAUAUCUUUGUCCAAACUUUUGAGUUUUUGAUUAUUAUUAUUAUUGAUGGUUGUGAGAGAAACGCAAAGUAAGUUUGCGCACGAUACAUCCUUGUGGUGGGCCCUUAUCCGAACACCGCACAUAGCAGUAGCUUUAGUGCACCGGGCGGCCCUUUUUAUGGUUGUGAGAGAAAUGAAUGAAGUUUUGCUUCUUGCUAUUGAUGGUUGUUCUACUGUUGUCAGUCCAAGAUAUUUGGUUUUGUAGCACUUUACAAACUUGUUUUUAGUUUUAUAUAUGGCCUUUUUACUUACUAUCCUUCUUCUCUAAUCAUCGAGACCUCGACCUUCACACUUCUAUCUAGGGUCGUGUGCUCGGUCAGUUGAUCUUGUGUCAUAUUUGUCUGCUCUUUUUCAGCCUACCUCUACCUCUUCUGGCUCCUGUUGUAGCCAACCUCUCACGCCUCCUCCCUGGCGCAUCCUCUCUCUUUACACGUUCGAAUCAUCUCAACCUUGCUAAACUCAUCUUAUCCGCCGCAGAGGCCACUGUCACCUUAUCCCGUAAAACCUCAUUCUUAAUCAUAUCAUUCCUAGUAUUAUCACAUAUACAUCGGAGCAUCCUCACCUCCAGGAUUUUCUUGGAAGAUAAUUCUUAUUUGUGAAAACUUAUAUCAUUGUUCCAUAUUCCAUAUCAAUGGUGUGAGUGAAAAGUUGGUAAAUUGAAUAUAAUGUUAGUUUGAUCUACAACAAUGCAAGUUUAUUUUCUAAAGGGCAAAACGGCGAGAACGGCUGUUUUCGGGCCAAAUCAGUUAGCCCACGGUUUCGGGGUGUGCCGGUAUGCUAGUGGCCCGAACAUAUUUAGGGUUGAAAAUUGAUGGGCGACUCCCAGGCAGGCUAAGGAGCGGGGGAGUGUGGGCCGGCGUGGUGGGCGAGACCGUUUGGGUGGUCAAACAUGCAAAACGGCAGGAAAGGACCGUUUUCGGGCAAAAUCAGUGUACUAUAGCUCACGGUUCAAGGGGUGAGCCCGGGGCCCGAGCGUAUUUUGGGUCGAAAAUCGAUCGGGGACACCCAGGCAGGCUGAAGAGCGGGGGAGUGUGGGCCAGCAUGGUGGGCGGGGCCGUCUGGGUGGUCAAACAGGUAAAACGACGCGAACGGACCGUUUUCGGGCCAAAUCGGUGUGCUAUAAUUCAUGUCUCUCUUUCAUCUGUGCUGAGUCAAACACAAGCUACUUCUAUCGGUUUCAAGUCGCGUAAACUUACCAUGGAAUCAAGCAACCCAAAGGUCAUCACAUGCAAAGCUGCAGUAGCGUGGAAGGAAGGCGAGAGUUUAAAGAUGGAAGAGAUACAAGUUGAUCCACCAAAAUCAAGCGAAAUUCGAAUUAAGAUGCUCUUUGCCAGUUUGUGCCACACUGACAUUCUCUGUUCCAAUGGCUUCCCCGUUCCUUUAUUUCCUCGAGUUCUUGGACAUGAGGGCGUUGGUAUGAUAGAAAGCGUGGGCGAAAAUGUGACAAAACUAAAAGAAGGAGAUAUAGUGAUGACGCUUUACCUAGGAGAAUGCAACGAAUGCCCAAACUGCAAGUCGGGAAGGUCCAAUCUAUGUCACAAAUAUCCUAUGCGCCUUUCUGGUCUAAUGCUGGAUGGCACAUCGAGAAUGUCCAUUCGCGGAGGACAAAUAUUAUACCACGGUCUUAGUUGUUCUACUUGGUCGGAAUAUGCAGUUAUUAAUGCCAACUACGCAGUAAAGGUUGAUCCUCAACAGGUUCCGCUUCCACAUACCAGCUUGCUUUGUUGUGGAUUUACGACAGGUUAUGGCGCGGCAUGGAGAGAAGUUUGUAUCGAAAAGGGAUCAACCGUUGCUGUACUAGGUCUUGGUGCUGUUGGACUUGGAUUAACCGUUCAAAUGCGCGCGCAGGUGGUAGAGGGAGCGCGAAGUCAAGGGGCAGGGAAGAUAAUUGGUGUCGAUAUAAACAAUUUGAGACGAGGAAAAGGAGAAGCCUUUGGCACGACGGAUUUCAUUAACCCUAAGGAACACGAGGCAUCCAUUUCAGACAUGAUAAAAGGUAUUACCGGAGGCUUAGGUGUUGAUUAUGUCUUCGAAUGUACUGGGAUUCCAUCCAUGCUUAAUGAAGCCAUUGAAGCCUCAAAAAUGGGAAUUGGGACAAUUGUUGUAAUUGGGGCAGGAAAUGGGACAAGUAGGGAAUUCAACUUGAUUCCCUUAAUGUGUGGUAGAACAAUGAAAGGUUCAAUCUAUGGUGGAAUGAGAAUUCACUCAGAUCUUCCUGCUCUACUUCAUCGAUGCGCAAAUAAGGAGAUUCAACUGGAUGAGCUAAUAACUCACCAAGUUUCAUUUACUGAAAUUAACCAAUUAUUUGAGUUAUUGAAAGACCCACAUUGCCUCAAAAUUAUCAUCAAGUUCUAAGAAAAUCAACAACAACAACACUCUCGAUGUAAUCUCUGUGGAAUCCAAAAUAAAAUUAGCGUUGCAACAUGCUUAAUGUGGUAACACGAAUCUGAAAGAUUAGUGCUGUAACAUGAAUUUGUAAUUUGGUGUUGUGACAUGGUGUUUAAUUGUUUAAAACUUAGACGUGCAUCUAUAAAUAGAUGAAUUCACCAUCAUUUCAAAACAUUCCAAACAGAGAGCAAAAUAGAGAGAAGAGAUUAAUCCACAGAUAUUCUAUUAUCCGUGAGAAAAUAAUGUGGGAGUAAUAUUAAAGUGAGCUGUGUAAAAUAAAACAAUGUUGUUUCUUUUACAAGAGCAGUAGUCAUUUGACACUACUAAGUUGUAAUUACAAUUAUUGUAUUACUCCAUUGGGUAUUUUUAUUUAUCCGUUACUCUCUUGUUAUUGCCA